AUGCAUUCUCCAAAGGACAUGUUUGAAGAGCUGGAGCAGAGUAAUAAAAGUUACGUGACUAGGUUCAUACUUUCUGGAAUCACUUCAGACCUAAAACUUCAGUUACCCCUAUUUCUGCUAUGUUUGUUAGUGUAUAUUAUAACAUUAAUGGGUAAUAUCACUAUAAUUACAUUAAUUAGAAUUACACCUAAUCUGCAAACACCAAUGUAUUUUUUCCUUAUGAACUUAUCCCUUGUAGACAUAUUGUAUUCAUCGACAAUUACGCCCAACAGUUUGGCUAACAUUAUCUCUGUCGAUAAAACAAUAUCAAUCAUUGGUUGUGCAAUACAGUUGUUUUUCUUUAUUGACUUGGCCGCUUCUGAAGCAAUGCUACUCGCGGUUAUGGCUUAUGACAGAUAUGUAGCAAUAUGCCAACCAUUGAAUUAUCCAAUACUUAUUAACAAUAAAAAAUGUAUUCAACUGAUAUGUACAGUAUACUUUGCAGGCUGUAUUAAUUCACUGAUACAUACUUACUGUGCAUUUAGGGUGCCAUUGUUUUGUUCAAGUCAUGUCAAUCAUUUCUAUUGCGAUCUUAUACCCAUCUUAACAUUAUCUUGUCAGGACACAUUUUUGAAUGAAGUGUUUUUGUUUACUUUUGCUGGUUCUAUUGAAGUUGGAUCUCUGUUAUGUAUUUUGGUAUCAUACACAUGUAUUCUUUUGGCUUUGUUUAAGAUCCACUCUACUGCAGGUGGACAUAAGACGUUUUCCACCUGUGCCUCUCACCUAACUGUUGUAGCUUUAUUCUACGGUCCUGUUCUAUACAUGUACUUGAGACCAACUACUUCAUACUCUAUGGAUGGGGACUGGGUAGUGUCUGUGUUCUACACAGUGGUUGUUCCAAUGCUAAACCCUAUCAUCUAUAGCUUAAGGAAUAAAGACGUAAAGGAGGCCCUACAAAAAUCUAAGAUCCUUAUAGUAUUUUGA